AUGUUAUCUAAAUCACAUUGUUGGUUGAUUAAUAAAACUAUAAUUAGAAGAAAAGUUUGUUGUAUUAAUUCGAAAAUGGCGUUCACCACCAAGAUCUUGCGAGCUAAUAAAGAUAGCAUCAUCUUCAACAAGAAUGAUAUAUUGCCGAAAAUCACUGACCCAGAGACGGAAAAGAGUCUUCGCAUAGCAGCCAACGAGCUUGCAACUAGUACUAAUGUUGUUGGGUUUCCAACGGAAACUGUUUAUGGAUUAGGAGGAUCUGCACUCAAUGACGAAUCCGUCAAAUCAAUCUAUAAAGCAAAGAAUAGACCAGCAGAUAACCCAUUGAUCGUACACGUAUCAUCCAUCGAUCAAUUAAAACGAAAAAUCUUACCUAAAGACUACAAAAUUCCAGAAAUUUACGACAAUUUGAUAGAAAAGUUUUGGCCGGGACCAUUAACAAUUUUGUUACCAAUACAUGAAGGGUCUCCAAUAUCGAAGAUAGUCACAGCUAACCAGAGCACCUUUGCUGUGAGAAUCCCACAGCAUCCAAUUGCAAGAGCAUUAAUAGCGUUGAGCGAUCUUCCUCUUGCGGCACCGUCUGCGAAUGCAUCCACAAGACCAAGUCCAACCCUCGCUAGCCAUGUAUACCACGACCUUCAGGGAAAAAUACCAUACAUUAUAGAUGGAGGCGCAUGCGAUGUCGGGGUGGAAUCAACUGUUGUUGACGGCUUGGUAGAUCCUCCGAUGCUAUUAAGACCAGGAGGAGUUUCUGUGGAAGACGUCAGAAAAACUGGAGGUGGUCUGUGGGAGAAUGUUGUUCUCGCAAAGAAGACAGCAGGCAAGUCGGAAGCCGUCAAAACCCCUGGCAUGAAGUAUAAACACUAUUCGCCAACUGCGAAGGUAGUAUUAUUCAUCAAUUGCGGCGAUGGUAUUGCUGCGAUCAGCAAAUACAUAUCUGAGAACAACAUCCCCGAAUCCAAAACAAUCGCUUUGCUUAAGUCUAGAUAUUUUACAGAUGCCAGGGCCAUAAGUCGUCAAAUAAACAUAGAAGAAGAUUUGGGUGCAACUGGCCCAGAAAUAUCUCGUAACUUAUUCAAGCUAUUGAGACAAGUAGACGAACAAGGAGUAGACAUAAUAUUUAUAGAAGGGAUAGAUGAGACCGAUGAAGGCUUAGCCGUAAUGAAUAGACUAUCCAAGGCUGCGUUCGAGACGAUAAAUGGGAAAUAA